CUGUUAUCGUUGGAAGGCUUGCAUAACUCGAGUCACGGGAUCUUGGCAAAACUUCUGCAUGUGUUGCAGGACACCUUUGACGACUGUGCUAAAUAUCCGCUUUCCAUUGAGCAGUGGAUAAAAAAUCUUUCGUUAGAGCAACGUUUUCUCUUGCAGAUACAAUACUCAGCCACACAACUACAGUACGAGAAUAUCAAGCAUCGUUGUAAAAUGUUAGAUAACGAGAAUCAACGUCUUAUGCGAGUACAGAACGAACUGAUCACUGAUGCGAAUCGUCGAGUUGAGAUGCACGUUAAUGAGAUCCGGAUGUUAAAGGAGGAAAACAAGAAGUUGGUGGCUGCAAACAAGGAGUUACGAGAACUUUGCUGUUUUCUUGAUGACGAUCGUCAAAAGACUCGUCGUUUAGCAAAAGAAUGGCAGAAGUUUGGCAGAUAUACUAGCCAAGUUAUGAAACAGGAGAUGUCAAUGAAUCAGCAGCGUCUUCGUGAAUCCGAAGAGCGUCACAUGGAGGCGAUCCGUGAAAAUGAAGAACUGAAGCAAUUGUGCCUUUACUUGGACGAGCAACGACAGCGAUUCACUGGCUAUCGCGCUGAAGACGACGGCGAAAGUGAAGAUCUCGGGACCAACGCGCUAUUACCCUUUUCGGCGGCUAACACGUUCAUUCAUCACCACACCACGUGGGUUCUUCGUUUAACUUUUCUCUCAGUUUUCUAUCUACCAGUGUCAUCAGCAAUCGCUCGUCAACGGAAUUCAUCUGGGUACUAG